CGCUCAGCCACGCCCGCCCGCCUCGGUGUCGUCCAUCUCCGCCUCUCGCGCCCCGCGGUCACGCACGCGCGCGACCGUCCUCAGCGCUCGCCGUCCUCCUCCCUCCCUCAUCCAGCGCUGCAGACGGCCACCUUCGCACUCUCACACUGCGUUGCUUCCUCGCCCUCACGCACCAGCCCGAGCGAGCUUAGUGAUCUGCGAGAGACAGAUUUCCCUCCAACAGUGGUCGCACUUCCUUACCGUCGCCGCUGACCUUGUCAGAUCUUUUAGCUGCAGUUGCUGUUCUGCGACCAUUCAGCGUCGCAUUCAAUGUCUUGCGUUAUGUCGCCGCAUACAAUCAGCCCCCCUGCAAUGAUCGGGGCCGAUGUACUCGUGGGCACGGCGAAGCUUCGUUUCGAUGAACUCGAGCUUCCUGUGACCUUUGAACAGCUUGCGCGGCGUAUUGUCGAGCGAGGAUAUCCGGCUCCUCAUCAAGUCAUCUGCCGACCAGGCAGUCAUGCACUUGAAAUCACCGAAGGUCCGUCUAUGUUUACACCGAGAAAAGGCGGCAAAAUCAACAUCAAGCAGCCUUUUAUACACUAUUACCACAAGGUGUACCUUCCAGCAAUCCGCGGCCUCACGGGAGAUCGAUCGAAAGAGAAAUCCCUGCACCACAUCAGCGAAUCUCAGGUGAAACGGGACCAGACCAUGAUCGGAGUCGGAGGUGUCAAUAUACAAUUUCAGCGAACGAUCCGUGUGCCAGACAAUAACAAAGUACAAGCCCUGCCUCCCAACAUGGGUGCAUUUGAAGUCUACAAUGUUGCAGACUUUGCUGACAGACUCCCAAAGUCUGUAGUCAGCAAGGGAGGGGUCUUCAUCGCUAUGUAUCAAAGGGAGGCCAUGUGGAUAUCCUUCUCUCACCCAUAUGGGACUGGCCAGCAUCAUGCUGUCAAGGUCUCUGUUGGUGGAGUCAAUGCUCUUACAGGGAAGCCACAAGAUAUGUACAGUGAAGGUCACCAGGAUUAUCUGGCCAUCAAUAAUAACAGUGGUCAACUCUGGCUGGAUGGGAUCUGUACUGCUCCUGGGAUUGUCCAACAAUUUGUGGCAAUGCCACUUGGCCAUGGAUAUACUGUUGAAGGCCAGGUGACAGGGAAAGAAGAUGUUGGAGGCAUGCAACUUGAUGUCUUCAACAAAUAUGCAACCCCAGUCAUCUUCAAGUGCAAUGGGAAGAAUCUGAACCUGUUCAAUUCACCAGAGCAUGAAGGUCUCAGACUGAAGGAGUCUUUAUCUAUGGAUGCUGAUACCAACAUCUCAGAAACUUUAGGCCAAUGGAACUCAUCAUUGAAACAUGCAAGCUUCACUGCAGGUUCAUCCAUUCAAGUCACAGCUUGUGACAGGGAAAUAUAUGUCAAAACACUUACUGGGAAGACAAUCACUAUACCAUACCACUGGCAAAAUAACUUGACUGUUGGUGGUCUCAAAGCAGUGCUUCAACGCAGAGAGGGCAUUCCACCUGAUCAGCAAAGACUGAUAUUUGCUGGCCGUCUGUUAGAAGAUGGAAGACAGCUGUCUGACUACAACAUCCAAAAGGAGUCAACCAUUCACUUAUGUCAGCCAUUGAGAGGUGGUGGCGAUUGUGAUGCCAUAGCAGGUUUUGCUGCAGGGGGGCGAAUCUCGCAGAAGAUCAACCGAGACACAUUGCCACCAUCUGCAUACGACGGGACCGCGCCGACACGCCUUCAUAUCACUGUCAUCAACGCGGCCUACUUCUCUGCGAUGACAGGCCUCCCUGCACCCUCUACCCCUGUUACCACGUCGAUCUACUUGCAGAACAAGCUGCCGUGGUUCACGUUCUACGACGAACGUGUCCCUUCAGCGAAGAUGAACUUCGACGCGAACCCCCUGUCCAACGUCAAGUCCGUCGCAACGCUGGACGCUGAGCGCGAUAGACAGCGAAACGCCAAACCGAGCCUAGAGUGCGUGUUCUGCGCCUACGGCAAGGCCGCUGUUAUACUCCAUCCCUGCCGCCACACCCUCUGCGAGGACUGCGCGUCGGGCCUUGGCGAGGACGUCUGCCCAGCGCGCGGAUGCCCGACGACGGUCGAUUGGCACGAGAGGCUCGUCGACGAGUCGAACGUCGGGCUGGAGGCCGGGUCGUACGAGGACUGCGUCAUUCACUUGAAGCGGUAUGCGCAGAGCGAGAAGGUCGCGAGCUUCAUACUGCGCGAGAACGCCGUCUCAAGGCUGUCGGGAGACGGUGGAGGGAGAUGAGUUCUGCGUCGAGAUGCUGUGAAUUGUACCUCAAUUUGUUGUUUGUCGGUCGCCUUCAUGUACAGUAGCGAGUUCGAGAGUCAUUGCGUGUACUUGGUCGUAGUUGACAGAACAGAGGGUCUCUGUUUA